AUGGCGGCCGCAACACAGCCCGUGACAGGCGUGGCCUCGUCUCCAUCCACCCUGGGCGCAACCCACAAUAUGCGUUCCGCAUCGUCGCUGUCCACGCCCGCUCCCAACUCUGUCAACGAGGCAUCGCCCUCUUCGUCUCGUCCGGGCCCCAGCCACACACACGUUCCCGCCGGUCAAGACGUCUUUUCGUGGCGCGACAUCACCUACGAUGUGCUCCUCUCCAAGGCGCGUCGCAAGCACAUCAAGAAGCACGGCACCGCCGCCGCGCCUGUGGAAAAGGCCACCGAGAACGAAAAGGCGCUCGAGGCAGAGAACGGUUCCUUCUCCCCCGCCGACUCGGAGGAGGUGCAGUUGGCGGAGCAGCAGGACGUAUUCCCACACCUUCCGCCGCUCGACCCCAUGCGCCGCCGAGUGCUCAACGGCGUCAGCGGCCACGUCAAGCGCGGCGAGAUGGUCGCCAUCCUCGGCGCCUCGGGCGCAGGCAAGACGUCGCUCCUCUCGGUGCUCUCGGCGCGCCUCGACAAGUCGUCCGAGAUCGCGGGCGAGGUGCUCUACCAGGCCAAGCCGCGCGAUCCCGCCACCUGGAAGCGGCUCACCGGCUUUGUCGAGCAGGACGACCUCAUGUUUAGCGCGCUCACCGUCACCGAGACGCUGCAGUACUCGGCGGACCUGCGUCUACCCAAGCGGCUCUACUCGAAGCACGAGCGUCAGCAGCGCGUCAAGGACAGCAUCGCCAUGCUGCGUCUGGAAAAGUGUGCCGACACGCGCAUCGGCGGGCCCAACCAGCGCGGCGUGUCGGGCGGAGAGCGCAAGCGCGUCGCCGUGGGCACCGAGCUCGUAGCCGACGUGAGCGUGCUGCUGCUCGACGAGCCCACCUCGGGUCUGGAUGCGUUUGCGGCGCUCAACCUCGUCAAGAACUUGAAGGAGAUCACGCGCGAGCGAGACCUGUAUACGCUCAUGACCAUCCACCAGCCGUCGUGGAACAUCUUUAAGCACUUUGACCGCGUCAUCCUCCUCACGCGCGGACAGACGUACUACUCGGGCCCGCCCACCGCCGCACCGGCGUGGUUCGCAUCGCUGGGCCACUCGCCGCCCGAAGGCGUCAAUCCGGCCGACUUCUACAUCACCAUCGCCGAGAACUACGAAAAGACCAACGAGGCCGAGAAUCGCGUGCGCGCACUGCUCUCGUCCUGGCGCACGGACGGAGACGCCUUCCUCGCGAACCAUGCCGAUAAGCUCGCCGAGCACGACGCGCAGGUGUCGGCACCCGCCAUGGGCCGCACCAUGUCGCGCAUCGUGCCCAAGAGCAGCGACGCCAACGAAGUCGCCGGUUCGUGGCCCAACUCGUGGUGGCACGAGCUCGCCGUGCUCACCCGCCGCAACGCCAUGCUCAUCGUCAAGGACCCCACCAUCGUCUUUGCCUCGUUUGGCCAGAACAUCGUGCUGCUCAUCAUCAUUGGCUUUGCAUUCUUCCGGCUCAACCUCGACCAGGGUGGUGCCCUGGCUCGUAUCGGCGCGCUCUUUAUCGUGCCCGUAAAUGCGUCGUUUGCAGUCCUCUUUCCCAUCCUCGCCAUCUUUCCGCUGCAGCGCAACAUUAUGCUGCGCGAGCGCUCGGCAGGCACAUACCGCAUCUCGUCGUUCUAUCUGGGCAAGAUCAUAACCGAGGUGCCCAACCAGCUCUUACAGCGCAUCCUCUUUUACGCCGUGGUCUACUGGAUGGUCGGUCUGCGUCAGACGGCAGGUGCCUUCUUCAUCUGGCUCGCCAUCAACGUGCUCCAGGUGGGCACGGCCAUCGGACUCGGACUCGUGAUCGGAUGUGGCGCGUCGUCGAUCGAGCUGGCCAACAUUUUCGCGCCCGUCAUCAAUGUCGUCUUCCUCCUCUUUGGCGGUAACUUGUUGCCACUGUCGUCGAUUCCACCGUGGUUCAUCUGGCUGCAUUGGCUCUCGCCCAUCACCUACACAUACUCGGCUCUGGCGCAGAACGAGUUCCGUGGCCUCAACUUUGAGUGCGCCGCCGACUCGCAACAGUGCUACAGGUCGGGCCAGGACGUGCUCAACCAGUACGACCUCGAACGCUUCACCAUAGCCGAAAAUGCUGGCUUCCUCGGUGCCAUCGCGGUCGUCUUUCUCUCCAUCGGCUACGUGCUUCUCCGCUUCCUCGGCCGUCCGUCCUUCCGAUACGUCAAGCCCAAAACACCGCUUUCGGCCCAAUCUUCCUAG